CCCUAUAAAACCCAAACUCCCAUAUCUUUCUUCCUCAAGCAAGACACGACCGCCGUCGACGACGGGACGCCCGGCAACGGCGGCGGGCAGACCAAAAACCCUCGGGCGGCGGACCACUGCAACAAGGACGACGACCCGGGGCUGUGCCGGUCUUUGUACGGGGAGGGGUUCGAGUGCUGCAACAACAAGUGCAUCGAAGUCGCCGCCGACAAGCAGAACUGCGGCGGGUGCAAGAACAAGUGCGCCUUCAAGGACGAGUGCUGCGGCGGGGAGUGCGUUUAUCUGUCUCUCGACAAGCGUCACUGCGGCAAGUGCGAUUCGCCCUGCGCCGGCGGGGAGCUCUGCGUCUACGGCUUGUGCAACUACGCAUGA